GAUGGGAGGUGAGCGGCGGAAAGUUUUUCGAUCACAUCGUCUGCUGGCAGCUCGGAGUGCGGAGCUCUGACAUCGCGAUCCGGGAACAGAGGACACAUCGCCCGAUCCGGGAACAGAGGACACAUCGCCCGAUCCGAAGAGGAGGCCACACACCGACACAACACUCAGGCUCCAACACUCAGACACCAUGGCAAGCGACGGAUGUAUGAAAGUGACCAAGUACUUCCUGUUUCUAUUUAACCUCCUGUUCUUUAUCCUCGGAGCGGUGAUCCUUGGCUGCGGAAUAUGGAUUCUCGCGGACAAGUCCAGUUUCAUAGCUGUGUUACAGAACUCGUCCCAUUCGAUAAAUGUCGGAUCGUACAUCCUGAUUGCAAUUGGAGGGGUCACGAUGAUCAUGGGAUUCUUGGGAUGUAUCGGAGCUGUGAAUGAAGUCCGCUGUCUCUUGGCACUGUAUUUCAUAUUUUUGCUGCUUAUACUGAUUGCCCAGGUAGCCGUUGGCGUCUUCAUUUACUUCCAGAGACAAGAGCUUAAAAAUGAGAUGUCAACCAUCAUUGACAAGUUGAUUGUGACCUACAACCCGACUGACGAUGUGAACGACAACGCGGAGGUCACAUGGGACUAUAUCCAGCACAAUUUCAAAUGCUGCGGCUGGAAGAGCUACCAGAACUGGACCAACAACGAAAUUGUUGCCAACAACACGGACACCUUUCCCUGCUCUUGCGUUCAGAAUUCUGAUGUUUCUUAUGGCUUUUGUAACACCACCGUGUCAAACCUCUAUCAGAAUGGUUGCGAGAAAAAAGGGGAUAGCUGGCUGCAGGACCACCUGGGAGUCAUCCUGGGAGUGUGCGUGGGAGUCGCUGUUAUCGAGCUCCUGGGAUUGAUCCUUUCCAUGUGCCUCUGCCGGAAGAUUCAAAACGAAGAUUACAACGCCCGCUAUCACGCCAUUCCGAUAAUCCAUUGCCUUCCCUCCAACAUUGGCCCCAUCUGUGUAUAUAUACAUAUGUAUAGCCCACCUACCAUUUACCAGUCAGAACAGGGGGUGUUAUUGUGA